AUGGGUUUAACAUUUACAAUCCCAAAAUUCAUUCUAUUUUGCUUAAAUUUUCUACUUGUGAUCAUUGGGUUGGCAUUAAUUGCUGUCGGUUCAUGGGUUACAGCAAAUGAUCAAAGUUUUGUUGAUACAGUACAAUAUUUUUCGUCAUACAAUGCAAUUGAAUUACAAUUAUACCAAGGAACAAGUUUAAUACGUUAUUUCAGUUAUGCUGUGAUUAUAAUUGGCUCAUUAUUAGUAGUGAUUAAUUUUGUCGGCUGUUGGGGUGUAGUAAUCGAAAAUCGAGGAUUACUUAUGGCAUUCGCUGGUUUGAUGAUUGCCCUAGUUCUACUUGAAUGUGGAGCUACUGCAGCGAUGGGUGGCACUCAAAGUUUGUGGAAGGACGAUUAUGAGAAAUCGAUUACAAGUCGAUUUGUAUCUAAAUACCGUGGAACAUUUGGAGCUUUUGCAAUUUCAGAAUUUGAAGAUUAUUCAUUAAAAAUGGAUCAAUUGAUGAUUGAACUUGAAUGUUGUGGAUUACAAGGUUCUCAAGACUUUUCAAACACAAAAUCGCGUUGGUAUCAGGAAGGUCGAAAAUAUUCAGAUGGUACUACUGGUGAUGCGAUUAAAAUUCCUCCAGCAUGCUGUAAAUAUACUUCAAAAGAUUUUUGGAGAAAAGCUGAUUAUGAAAAAUUUCAAGACAACCUUAAAGAUAAAGAUUGUGUAAAAACAACAAAUGAAUCAAAUAUGAACGUUGGUUGUUUAGCUGCAGCAAAAAAUAAAACAGCAAAAACAGCCCUCCCGUUCAUAGCUAUUCCAAUUAUACUUUUCCUGUUCCAGAUUGCUACUAUCGGGAUCUCCAUCUUUUUAAUUUGCCGAAUUCAAAAAUGGGAUAAUGAACUCUACUAUUAA